AUGGCGGCCGAAGAUGGAUAUAUGGAAUUACAAAACGAUAUAGCAGAAAAACUCGGAGACGGGUCCGUUGACGCUAUUCUCAACACAAUGAACCGUUACAUCUUGUAUGAUGCGGGCGCUCGGGAGCAAGGCAAUGGUGGAUGGGGAUUCAGAGACGCCUUUCUAGAGUAUGCCAUACACCACAAUUUUGCCUUUGCUGAGUCAGUGGAAAAGAUGGAGUUUCUCAAAGAACUGGCUAUAAUCCUCUGCGACGAAUGCGACGAAGGUUUGGAGACGGACGAGCUUUUAUGCCUUUCUCGCAGAACCAAACUCUCAACCAUCUUAGGACAUCAAUACACGCAAAGCGGUGAGUGCAAGCACCUCAUUGACGCUGUCAGCGAGAUCGAAAAAGCGGUGUCAUUGUCCCCUCGAGCCCAGAGAACUCUGACCACUCGGACAGGAGGAGUGAUGAUGGUGCACCGUCCCGCCACGGUGCUGAAUGCUUUGGACACAUUGGCUAGCAGGCUUGAUGAAUAUUUUCAACUUACCGGGGCCCUGGGCGUCCUGGACCGUUGUGUCAGUAUCAGAGAGGCUUUGGCCGGCCUUGUGCUUGAACCAGCCCAAGAAUGCCAGCGCGCUCAAAUUGAACUCCUUAUCAAUGCCGCUGACAGUCUACACCGACGUUACGAGCAAAGUGAUGAGGCGAAUAACUAUCUGGAUCGGGCUUACCGUUACGCCCAAAAAGCUGUUCAAUUAUCUGAAAACGAGCAAGAUCGACUAUCCGGGGCUUUAGCUAAGUCGUCUCUUGCGGAGGUGCUUGGUCGACAAGCUCUUGACAACAAUAACAUGGAUGAACUGGACGAAGCAAUCCAAUUGUCUCGAAGCGAUCCCAGUCGUUUGAUGGAAAACGGCGUUAACCUUACAUUGCGUAUCCUUCAAAAAUAUGACAUGAGACGAAAAGUCCCAGGGAAUAUCGAUGAGCAGUCAUUACUAGAAGGAAUUGAUGAAGCCAUCAUGAUUGCGGAGUCGACUGUUAGUGGCAUGCCCGAUGAUCACCCAAUCCGUCCUCACCUCAACAAUCUCCUCGGGCACUGUUAUUACGCCCGAUACCAGCAAACAAGAUUUGAGCAGCCUGAUCCCACGGUUGCGCUGGGUUAUCUCUGGACAGCGCUGAACAGUAAUAAAUACACCUCUCUGUUUCGCCGCAUACAGGCUGGCCGACAAAUUGUUCGUAUCUGUUGUGAUGCAUCCAUGUGGUCAGCGGCCUACGAAGCAGCGAUCGCUAUCGUCGCUCUUAUACCCAAGCUCUCACCCCGCGCCAUCCAAAUUUCCGACAAGCAACGCAUUCUGAGCGCCGAUGAUAUUGUGGGGUUCGGUGCCGAUGCGGUUGCUCUUGCGAUAGAAGCCGGAAAGGGGGGCUACGCAGCCCUCUCUCUCGUCGAAAGUGCUCGAGGGUCGCUUGCUGCCUCAAUAUCCAACCUGCGCGUAGACAUCCUGGCGCUUGAUGCGGUUCAUCCCGGGCUCGCCCGGCUGUUCGCAGAGGCACGGAAUGAGCUCCAGCAAGCUAGCUCAACCUCGGCAUCGUCGGCGAAUGAGAAAUUUGAUAAACUCCUUGAGGAGAUUCGGUGCCUAGAGGGAUUUGGAGGUUUCUGUCAGCCACUGACCGAGGAGGCCACGCGCGAGGCAGCCAGGAGCGGCCCCAUUGUGGUGCUCAGCGCAAGCGAAUAUGGAGACACCCGUGCUAUUCUUGUGAAAAGCCAAAGCAUUGAUGUGAUGCAGUUCCCUUUGGUUACUCUCCAUAAGCUUGAACAUAAGGACCAGGACAUGCAAAAUACCGAGUUCCUAAAAUGGCUCUGGUUUGAGCUUAUCAAACCAAUCUUGGAAGCUCUUGGGUAUACAGAACCACAAGAGGUCCAACCCCGAAUUUGGUGGAUCCCCAUCGGUGUCUUCAGUAGAGUUCCCCUCCACGCCGCUGGUGACCAUUCUCUAGACUCGACAGAAAACGUGAUGGACUGGGUCGUGUCAUCUUAUAGCCUCUCCAUUAAGGCCAUUUUGAACGCUCGUCGCGCUGCCGUUGGUUCGCACCCUUUGGUGCUAGGUAAAGGAGAGGCGCUCCUGGUUGGCAUGGCACGGACACCUAGGCUGUCAGUUUUAUCUGCCGUAACGGAGGAGAUGUCCAAUGUUGAACGUCUUCUCCGCGACAUGGGGCUCGACUGUACUCUACUCCAAAAUGCACAAGCUCAAAAGCAAAGCGUUCUCGAACACCUUCAGACAAGUCAGGUCUUCCAUUUCGCAGGCCAUGGGGGCGAAAAGGAGCACAACCCGUUAAAAAGUGCUCUUCUACUUGAAGAUUGGGAGAUGGAUCCCAUGACGGUGGGCGGUGUGAUGGGUUUGGAUCUGCACAAAAAAUCUCCCUUCCUCGCCUAUCUCUCCGCGUGUGCAACAGGGCAGAUCACCACGAGUAAGUUCCGCGACGAAAGCAUUCACCUUAUUAGCGCGUAUCAGCUGGCCGGGUUCCGCCACGUCAUUGGCACGCUGCGGGAGGUAAACGAUGCCGCUAGCUUGGCGAUGGCUACUGCUACGUAUAAGAAUCUGCAGAGCGGAGGCAUCACAGAUGAAUCCGUCAGUCGAAGUCUUCACCAGGCUGCAAAGCAGUUGCGACACAUGGCGAGGGACAGAGCUUCAAAUAGAGCCUCGGCUGGCGGAAGGGAUAUUGUCCUGCAUGAGGAAGUGGUUUUGGAGGGCGAGGAAAAUUGGAUUCCAUUUGUUCAUUUUGGUAUUUAG